AUGGUGAACUUCCACUUCUUCGCUCUCUCAUCUCUCAUACUUUCCGUGUGUGCAGGUUUGUUUUUCUUGGAUGUGUGUUGUACAGUUCUGACAAUGAUUUACUUGAUUUGUAGCCGUACGUCGCACAAGACCUUCAGGAUCAAGAAGAAGCUCGCGAAGAAGAUGAGGCAGAACAGGCCCAUCCCUCACUGGAUCCGUAUGAGAACUGACAACACCAUCAGGUACAAUGCCAAGCGCAGGCACUGGCGCAGCACCAAGCUAGGGUUCUGA